GGCAGCUGCAAGGCCGCCGGUUUCCUGGCAACGGCCUGGCGAGGAGAUGAGGUCUUACAUAAGCGCAAAACACCUUUCUGAAUGACUGACAAAUCCAGACUUGAGUGAAUUCUUGCAGCUGGACGAUUCCUGCCUUUAUCUCUGGUUUAUCAUGGACCUGCCAGUGGAAAAAUGGAAGCUGUAUGCCAAGCAGAAAUGGACUUCGCUGGAGCCAGCCCUGAAGGAGAAGUUGUGUCCUGCCCUGUCACUCCGGGAUUGCUUUCUUCUUUUCUCGCCUUUGUUCCAAUCUGAAGAUGAAGAGUAUUUGUACAGUCUGGCCAGGAACUACUGUGUGAAAAAAGAUCCUAGCAUGGUGCUGCUCUACAAGGCAGAAGGGAACGAGAGGUUCCGGAAGAAGGAGUACAGAACAGCAGGAAUGCUCUAUUCCAAGGCAUUGGCCCACACCGAGGUCAGUACUCCAGAACGAGCUGUGUGUUAUGCCAACCGCUCUGCAGCCCUUUUUCAUCUGGACCAGUUUGAGGUGUGUUUGGAAGACAUCGGGAGGGCUCUGGAAAAGGGCUGCUCACACGGAUUGUACCCUAAGAUCAUGCUGCGGAAAGCAGAAUGCCUCCUUUCUCUAGGGAGACCCCAGGAAGCAGCUGAAGCCCUCUGCAGUUUGGAGAGCAAAAUGUCAGCAGAGCAGAGUCUGGCAGCUGACAGCUCCCAGAUGCUGCUUAAUAAACUUGGCCAGCUGAAAGCAAAAGCCUGCCAGGGGAGCAGCUUUGUCCGUCCGCCUGCCUUGCCCAGCAGAACCCAAAAGGGCCUUGAGCCGUGGGAAGAAAACAACUGGAUUUCGUGUGCCUCUGCAGCGGUGCGCUUGAGUGUAUCCCCAAGCAAAGGGCGCUACUUGGCUGCUGCCAGGGAUAUUCUGCCUGGGGAAACCUUAGUGAGGGAAGAGGCAUUUGUCAGCGUGCUGUGCCCAGGAGAAAUCCUCUUGCUCCGAGGCAGUGCUGACACAACAUUGGACGAGCCGUCUGACAAUGAAGAUCUUAAUUGCCACCAUUGCUUGAGGCGGUUGCUGGCUUCUGUUCCUUGCCAGGGCUGUAGUUACGCCAAGUACUGUAGCCAGACAUGUGCACAGCUGGCGUGGAAAAAUUACCACCGGAUAGAGUGCUCCCUCGGGGGACUUCUUCUCACACUGGGAGUUUUCUGCCACGUCGCCUUCAGAGCUAUCCUGGUGGCUGGCUUUGCGGAGGUUAAUACUUUAACCAGGCAGUCAUGUGGAGAUGACUUAGGGGAGGCUGAUGUUGCUAAAGUCUCAGCUUCCAAGGAGCAGGAUUUGGCCUCUGUGCCUGGUUGCGAUGUUGAUGGGCGGUACCGCAGCUCCUACAGAGCUGUGUUCAAUCUUCUGCCACACACUGAGAAGCAGAGUCCGGAGUUCUUGUUCCUCUGCAGCCUGAGCAUAGCUGCCUUGUGCCAGAGACUUGAAGAUGCUCAUCUGGCAGCUCUAGUUUGCGGGAAGAGUAUAUCUGAGAGCCAGGAAGGAGCAAAAGCUGCUGAGCUCAAGAACUUGGGGGAAGCCAUGCUAAAGCAUAUGCUGCAGCUGCGGUGCAAUGCACAGGCUGUGACCACGCUGCGUGAGUCAGGAUCCGGAGACAAACCGGUUGCUAGCAGUGAGCAAGUACGUCUAGCCGUGGGGCUCUUCCCUGUAGUCAGCCUACUGAACCAUUCCUGUGAUCCAAACACCAGCGUGACUUUUAAGAGCACCACUGCUGAAGUCAGGGCUUUGCAACCAAUCGCCCAAGGGCAGGAGAUUCUUCACUGCUAUGGGCCCCACAAGUGCAGAAUGGGGGUUGCUGAAAGGCGCAAGGAGCUCCUUUCGCAGUAUUUCUUCGAAUGCCAGUGCCUGCCCUGCCGGAGUGAGCGGGGAUCCAGUUCCCAGAGGAGUGCAUCCCAGCACGGUGUCUUCCGUUGCCCUGCCUGCCAGGCACCACUGCAGGGAGAGGGCAUGCUCCAUUGUUCUCGUGAGGCCUGCAAAGUACAGAUCUCUGAAGAUCGCUUACAGCAUCAGCUGCAUGAACUCCAACAGCUAACAAAGACAGCCCUGGAGCUCCUUGAUAACAGCCAGCCAGAUCGGUCGGUGAAGCUGCUGCUGAGAUGCAGGUUGGAAGCUCGAAGACUCCUCUCUCCGGAGCACUUGAUGGUGGGCGAGAUGGAGGAUCACUUGGCACAGGCCUACGUGACCCUGGGAAAGUGGCAGGAGGCAGCAGGGCACCUGCAUAGCAGCAUACAGGUUGUAGAAGCCCAUUAUGGGCCCUCCAGCAUCGAAGUGGGUCAGGAGCUCUUCAAGCUGGCACAAGUCCUUUUUAAUGGAUGUGCUGUGCCAGAAGCCCUGUGCAUUAUCCGGAAGGCCGAAAGGAUCUUAUCUGUGCACUUGGGUCCCCAGGGUGGCCAGGUCCAAGAACUGCAAGAGAUGCAAGCCUGCCUCGAAGAAUCACUGGGUGCCUCCACUGCGGCAGGAGGGAGAUUGUUGUCAUAGGGAAACCUACACACCAUGCGAAACCACAAAGUGAAGUGAAGGAAGUGAAGACUGCAGCCAUCAGAUAUGAGAGCCAUGACGACCGGAAGAUGGGGGCCGUCUGUCAUGUUCGCAGAACUGGUGGUAUCCUGAGCACCAAGUGUGAUGGCCUGGAAGUGUCAGGGGGUCCAUCCUGCAGCAGAAGCAGCCAUGGAAUAAUCUGACUAUUGAGGCUGAGUUCCCCCAGUCAAAACACGGGAGGGUCUUUUUUAGAUCAAGUACUCAGAAUAUUUGGUGUGAGUGGGAAGGGGCAGGUGUUUUUUGUUCUGGGGUUGUCUCCCCCUCUGGUAGCAAAUCACUGGUACCUCUGGAGGUGCCGCUCCAUCAUACCUACCCUGCAGUGUGCAAGGGACUGUAUAUGUGCAUGCGCGCACACAGAUCCUGGCCCAUCCUACAUCGGCCUGUCCUUGGGAUUUGGCAGAGUAUUGCCUGUGGUAAGAAUGUUGCAUUUAUUAUCUUGGAUGCUACGAUUAAAGAUGAUGUAAAAGACACAAUAAAGAAUAGAGAUUUAUCACA